GAGGAGGUCUGCCUGGCCCAGCUCUUCCUGCACUCGGCCUCGGCGUACAGCUGCGUCAGCGAGCUGGGCGAGCGGGGGCUGCUCGAGUUCAGGGACCUGAACCCCCACGUGAGCGCUUUCCAGCGGCGCUUCGUGGGCGAGGUGCGGCGCUGCGAGGAGAUGGAGAAGACCUUCACCUUCCUGCAGCAGGAGCUGCGCGGGGCCGGGCGGGAGCUGGGGCCGUGCCCCGACAACCCCCCGGCGCCGCUGGCCCGCGAGGCGCUGCGGGUGCAGGAGCAGUCGGAGCAGCUGGCGCGGGAGCUGCGGGAGGUCAGCCGGAACCGCGCCGCCCUGCGCGGGCACCUGCGGGACCUGCGCCAGUACCUGCACGUCCUGCGCGAGGGGCAGCGCCUCACCAGCGUGCCGGGCCCCCCCGGAUCCCCACCGUCGACCCGGGCGUUCUCCGAGCACGAUCCUCUGCUCGACCCCUCUGUGCACCAGCACCUCGACCGCAAGAUCAACUUCGUGACCGGCGUCAUCCACCCGUGGCGGGUGAGCGCCUUUGAGCGGCUGCUGUGGCGUGCCUGCCGUGGCUACCUGGUGGCCAGCUUCGUGGAGAUGCCUGAGCCCCUGGAGGACCCGGACACGGGUGAGAGCGUCACCUGGGUCAUCUUCCUCAUCUCCUACUGGGGUGAGCAGAUUGGGCAGAAGAUCCGCAAGAUCUCGGACUGCUUCCACUGCCAGGUCUACCCCUACCCGGAGAGCGAGGCCAGCCGGGCAGAAACGCUGAACGGGCUGCUCAGCCAGAUCCAGGACCUCAGCGUGGUGCUGGAGGAGACGGAGCAGUACCUGGCGCAGGUGCUGGACAAGGUGGUGCUGGCGUUGCCCACGUGGCGGGUGCAGGUGCAGAAGAUGAAGGCCAUCUACCUCGUCCUCAACCAGUGCAGCCUGGACGUCACCGAGAAGUGCCUCAUCGCCGAGGUCUGGUGCCCCGUGCGGGACCUCACCCAGGUGCAGGACGCCCUGCGCCAAGGAUCGUACAAGAGCGGCUCGAGCGUGGAGUGCUUCGUGCAGCGCAUCCCCACCAUGGAGAGCCCCCCCACCCUCAUCCGCACCAACAAGUUCACCGCCGGCUUCCAGAGCAUCGUGGACGCCUACGGGGUGGCCAGCUACCAGGAGGUGAACCCCGCACCCUACGCCAUCAUCACGUUCCCCUUCAUCUUCGCCAUCAUGUUUGGGGACGUGGGGCACGGGCUGCUCAUGUUCCUCUUCGCCCUCUGGAUGGUGCUGUACGAGAACAGCCCCAGCCUGCGGCAGGCCAGCAACGAGAUCUGGCAGACGUUCUUCGAGGGGCGCUACCUCAUCCUGCUCAUGGGGGCCUUCUCCAUCUACACCGGCUUCAUCUACAACGAGUGCUUCAGCAAAGCCACCGCCAUCUUCCCCUCGGCCUGGAGCGUGGCCACCAUGGCCAACCGCUCCUCCUGGAGCUCUGACUACCUCGCCACCCACCCGUCCCUCACCCUGGACCCCAACAUCACCGGUGUCUUCCAAGGGCCCUAUCCUUUCGGCAUUGACCCGAUCUGGAGCUUGGCCACCAACCACCUCAACUUCCUCAACUCCUUCAAGAUGAAGAUGUCGGUGGUGCUGGGCAUCGUGCACAUGGGCUUCGGCGUCCUGCUGGGCGUCUUCAACCACGUGCACUUCCAGCAGCGGCACCGGCUGGUGCUGGAGCUCCUGCCCGAGGUGGUCUUCCUGCUGGCGCUCUUCGGCUACCUCGUCUUCCUCAUCUUCUACAAGUGGAUCAAGUUCGGCGCCGCCGACUCCCGGGUGGCUCCCAGCAUCCUCAUCCACUUCAUCGACAUGUUCCUCUUCACCUCCAACGCCGACAACCUCCCGCUCUACGAGGGGCAGGUGCCGGUGCAGAUGGUGCUGGUGGUGCUGGCGCUGGCGUCGGUGCCCGUCCUGCUCCUGGGGACGCCCCUGUACCUGUGCUGCCGGCGGCGCAGGCAGAAGACAGACCACCCCCCGCCGGUGGCUGCAGAGCAGGAGCCGCUGCUGGAGGGGCAGGAGGCCGGCAACUCUGUCAACGCCACCAAGGAGGACGUGGAGAGUGGGGGGCACGGCCCCGAUGCCGAGCACAUGGACUUCUCCGAGGUCUUCAUGCACCAAGCCAUCCACACCAUCGAGUACUGCCUGGGCUGCAUCUCCAACACCGCGUCCUACCUGCGGCUCUGGGCGCUCAGCCUGGCCCACGCGCAGCUCUCGGAGGUCCUGUGGACCAUGGUGAUGCGCAACGGCUUCAUGCGGCUGAGCUACGCGGGCGGCGCUGUGCUGGUGCCCGUCUUCGCCGUCUUCGCCGUGCUGACCGUGGCCAUCCUGCUGGUGAUGGAGGGGCUCUCCGCCUUCCUGCACGCCCUCCGGCUGCACUGGGUGGAGUUCCAGAACAAGUUUUACGUGGGUGCCGGCUACAAGCUGUGCCCCUUCGCCUUCGCGCCUGACGCCUGGGAGUAGCCGAGCCGCUCCGUGCCGCGUGGACCUGGGGGGCUCGCAGCAUCGCCGGGAACCCCCCACAGAUGGGGGGCUGGGGGCGUCCAGCUGCAGCAGCCCCCGGGCCUCCUCCUCUCCCUUCCAAACCCAGAGGCUUCCACAGCGAAUAAAGCCCCCCUGGCUCCCCCCCAGC